AUGGAAAAGCACUUAACUGAAAAGUUUCUUGACUCCCGUCCUUCCCCCGAAAGAGGGGCGCGGCGAGGCCACAUACUAAGUCGAGGAGGGGGAGGAGGUGGAGGAGGUGGAGGAGGGGGAGGCAGCGAGCGAGACGAGAGGGCGCGCGUUGCCGUUGACAGAAUAAUUCGCAUCCCGCGCCGCCAUUGUUCGCAGACGGCGGAGGCCACGAAGGUGGCUGAGGCGCAGAUUGAGAUAAUGGAGGGUGUGGAAGUAGAGGCAGCGAUAGUUGUAAAGGUACCGAUGGUAAAGAUAGAGACAGAGGAGAAUAUGAGGAAUAGGGUAGAGAUGAAAUUAGAGAAAACGAUAGGUAGAGUCAUAGGUAAUGGUAGAAAUAGAGGAGGCUGUGGAGACAGAAGUAAAGAGAGAGAGAGAGAGACAGACAGACAGACAGACAUACAGACAGAGGCUGACAGCGAGGACGGCAUUUGCAAUGUUAGAGGGAAAGGUAGUACAAGUGCUGGUGUGAGAGGCGAUGGCAGUAUUAGAGGAAGUGACAACAAAAGUGUUGUUGUGAGAGGCAACGGCAGUGCUGGAGGGAGAGGUAGAAGACGUAUUGGUGUGAGAGGCAAUAGCAGCGUUCGAGGUGUGAGAGGUAGAGACAGACACAGUAGUGCAAGGGUGCGAGGUGCAGCUGCAGCGGCCGGCCCGGGGGUGCGGGGGCGUGGGAGGCAGCGAGCUGCGGGCGUGGGCGUGGGCGCGGGCGCCCGGAGCGACGUGCCGGACGCGGAGGGGAGGGCCAGCGCGAACAGUGAAAGCCAGCGCGUGAGAGCAGAUGUCGGCGAGGUAGUGGCUAAACGACUGCAGCGUGUUCGAGAUACCUACGGCGUGAGGCAGCAAGGAGCGGCGGGGUGCGAGGCUGGGCCGCUGGCACGCGUCGCCGUCCGCUGGCGCGCGCUCUGCCACCCCUCCCCUCUCCCCUUGCCUCAUCCCUCGUCGUGCGCGGCUGUGAGAGGAAUAAAACGCACGCACGGCGUGUCGGCGCAAGCUAACCGAUGCCGCCACGCGGGCCGGGAGCGCUCGCCUCUCUACACAGGCACGAUUGCUCAUCUACUGCGGAUGCCUCUGUGUGUUGUGCGCGGCAUAACGGAUUUGCAUAGUAAACAAAGAAUGCUGUUAUCAACGUAGUAAUUCGAAUCAUAAAAUGUGUAAACCUUGUAGAUAAACAUGCGUACAGAGUAUUAAUAAACCAGCUUCCCUCCUUUAAUUCGAAAAGGAGUCAUUCUAAAUACCAACCAUGUGUUGGAAAUUUUCAGAUAAAUCCAAUCCUCGCAUGGAAAGUCGGGAUUUAUC